CUAGAACUUUAAAAAAAAAAAAAAAUUAAGUGAGGAAGCUCCCAUAAGCUCCCAAAAAAAUUUAAGAAGGAAUCUAUAUUUACAUGUUUCAAAGAUUUGAAAACAUGUCGUAAUCUCUUUCCCCGCCACUGUCGGACGAUGAAGCCGGAGGACCUCCUCGUCCGCCCCCGGCCGACCGCCAAGUGCACCGCCGGCUGCCCCGUCCUCGACCGCUGCCUCGGCGGCGGCGUCCCCUGCCGCUCCGUCACCGAGGUCGUCGGCGAGAGCGGCUGCGGGAAGACCCAGCUCUGCCUCCAGCUCCUCCUCUCCGCCCAGCUCCCGCCCUCCCGCGGCGGCCUCUCCGCCUCCUCCCUCUACCUCCACUCCGAGUUCCCCUUCCCUCUCCGCCGCCUCCGCCAGCUCGCCCGCGCCCGCCCUCGGCCCCCGCCACGACCCCUGGACCACAUCUUCGUGCACCCUCUGCACUCCGCCCACCACCUGCUCGACGUAUUGCCCAAGCUGGAAUCUUUCGUGGAAAACUUCAAGAGCCGGUUCCCGGUUCGGCUCGUUGUCAUCGAUUCCAUAGCGGCGUUGUUCCGGUCGGAGUUCGACAAUAACCCGCUCGAUCUCAAACGGAGGUCGUCUAUGUUUUUCAAGAUCGCAGGGAAAUUGAAGUGGUUGGCUGAGAAGUUCGAUCUCGCGGUUGUGGUGACGAAUCAGGUGGUUGAUUUGGUCGUUCCCAAUGAGGGGAUUAAUGGGCUGAGGAUUGGGAACUUGGGGUGCUUGGAUUCAUCUGGGAGACGGGUUUGUGCUGCGCUCGGUCUGUCGUGGGCGAAUUGCGUGAACUCGAGGCUGUUUUUGUCGAAGGAUAAAGAGAUUGUUAGUACAGUGAAUGACAUGAGGGAUGGGUGUGGUUGUGAACCGAUGCAUUUCGGAACAAGGAGAAGACUCCAUUUGCUUUUUGCCCCUCACAUCCCUGAUACAUCCUGUGAAUAUGUAAUUACCAGAGAGGGAGUCUCAGGGGUUUGUAGAUAACUCUUGGUCUCUAUUUAUACAGUCUGAGCUUCUGCCAGAGGUAAAACUGACACGGUUGGUCAGACUUUACUCUACUGAAGUGGAAAUGAAGUUGCUUGCUUUGAUCCUUUUUGCCAACCCAAGUAUACAGCAUUCUCAGUUUGAUGAGUUGUCUACCAAACUCGUUACUCAUCGUAGUCCAAAGCAUGUUUCCACAGAACCAAUUGCCUAAAGGAUGGUUGGUUUGAUUUACA